UAACGGGACCGUUGGGCGGGCGUGUUCACUCCGGUCCGGCGUCGGACUUUUGACGGUUGAGGUCAGGCUGGCUAAAGACGCAGUAGCGCGCUCGUCAACAGGAGCAGCAGCAGCAGCAGCAGCAGGAGCAACAACAAAGCCAGUCGGGACUGAAAUGAAAAACGAAUAACGACGCCAUAGACGAAGGAGAGCGAGUGGACGACGAGGCCACGACACCGGGGAGAGCUGAACCCUACUGACGCCACCGAGGAUCCGCUUUGUCCGAAAAGGACAUGGCAGACGCAGAGCUGGACUUCCAGACGGGCGAUGCCGGAGCGUCAGCCACCUACCCCAUGCAGUGCUCGGCCCUGCGCAAGAACGGCCACGUCGUGCUCAAAGGCCGCCCCUGCAAGAUUAUGGAGAUGUCCACCUCCAAGACGGGCAAGCACGGCCACGCCAAGGUCCACCUGGUUGGCAUCGACAUCUUCUCCGGGAAGAAGUAUGAAGACAUCUGCCCUUCCACCCACAACAUGGACGUCCCCAACAUCAAGAGGGUCGACUACCAGCUGAUCGGGAUCCAAGAUGGCUACCUGUCCCUGCUCCAGGACAGCGGGGAGGUGAGAGAGGACCUGAAGAUCCCGGAGGGCGACCUGGGCAAAGAGAUCGAGAGCAAAAACGAAGCCGGGGAAGAAAUCCUGGUGACCGUUCUCAACGCGAUGGACGAGGAAGCCGCCAUUGGCAUCAAAGCUUUGGGGAAAUAAGCGGCAGCAAGGAGCUGUCGGAACUUGGUGGUGGUGGGGGGGGGUCUAUUGUUAUCCUUCCUCCUUUUUUUUGUUCUUUUUCAUACCCUCCCUCUGUAUACUUUAGAGCACAGCUUUAUACUGUUUAUUAUUAUGAUUAUUGUAUAUUAUGAGCAUCCAGGGGGGUUAAAUGUCCUCAGAGCAAUUGGAAAUAUACACACAAAAAAAAGUGUUCAGGGAAGGCAGGAGUAAAAGCGGCGUUAAUGCUCUUUUUUUUUUUUGUUUUUAUUUUUCCCCGUUUUAUAAAAGGGCUUCAUUGCAAAAAUGAUGAAGGCUUGCAGUACACUAGAUUUUCCUCAUUUGAGCAUCUCUCCUUGUUUAUUUUCCCGAACAUUCAUCGCAGGGAAUUCCAAUUAAAACAGAAGUAACCGUCAA